AUGCUCCUCUCCUACCUAACCCUACUACCGGGGGUGUUGGCAGGUUGCCAAACCGCCCCUGUAGCAACCACCCUCAACGGCACCUACACAGGCCGCUACCUCGCCGAAUUCGCCCAGGACCUCUUCCUAGGUAUCCCCUUUGCCCAAGCCGGGCGGUUAGAAAACCCAACCCCCCUCAAUGAGUCAUGGGAAGGCACGCGCUCGGCCGAGUGGUACGGCAACAUCUGCCCGGUCCCGGCGUCGGAGCGUAGCGUGCGCAACGCCAACGUGACGGGGAAGUCAGACGACUGUCUCAACCUCAACAUCAUCCGCCCCUCGCGGGCCUCCCUCAAGAACAAGGAUCAAAAGCUGCCCGUGGCGGUGUGGCUGUACGGGGGUGCUUUCACCGACGGCUUCGGCGCCGACCUCAACUCCAACUACUCGUGGGUAGUGCAGGCGAGCGUGGCAAAGGACAUGCCCAUCAUGGCCGUGACGCUCAACUACCGCGUCGGCUUCUUCGGUUUCCCUGGGGGCGAGGAGAUCGCCGCCGCCGGGCUAACCAACCUCGGCCUGAAAGACCAGCGGCAGGCGCUGCGGUGGGUGCGCGAGAACAUUGCUGCGUUCGGCGGGGACCCGGACAAGAUCACCGUCUGGGGCCAAUCCGCCGGCGGCAACUCCAUCAUAUACCAGCUGCUGGCAUACAACGGCCAGGCCCACGACAACCUCUUCCGCGCCGCCAUCAUGAGCAGCGGCUCCAUCGGCAUCGGCAACACCCUCCGCCCCGACCGCGAGGACGCCAUCCAAGGCUACCGCCGCAUCCUCAACGAAACCGGCUGUUUCAACGCCACCGACACCAUCGCCUGCCUGCGCGAAGCCCCCCUCGACGUCGUCUACAACGCAGCGGCCUCCACCCCCACCCAACCAACCUGGUGGCCUACCAUCGACGGCGAGUUCCUCACGCACCCUCCCUCCCUCCAACUCGCCGCGGGCAACUUCCCCCACAACAUCACCCUACUCCUCGGCACCAACGACGACGAAGGCUUCGCGCUCUCCAACCUCCUCGGCGCAGCCACCGAAACCGAGCCCGAACUGCUCACCCUCCUCCAAACCAUCUUCCCGCACGCCCACCCCACCACCCUCACCACCCUCCUGACCACCUACCCCUCCACCGCCCCCGCCCCCCCCUACGCCCUCCCGCUCACCUCCACCCCCGAGUUCUGCGCCGCCGUCCACGCCACCAACUCCCCCUGCGGCGCGCAAUACCGCCGGCUGUCCUCCAUCCUCGGCGACUUCGCACUGAUCCACGGCCGGCGGGACGUGGCCACCGCAUGGGCGGCCGCCGGCCAGACGGCGUACACGUGGCGGUUCAGCACGUGGCCGACGUCGUUUCCGAUCGACACGGCGCUGGAGAGCCGGCCGGGGUUCGCGGGCCACGGGGCGGAGUACGCGUAUUUUUUUCGGUUUCCGAGGGAGUAUGAGCUGUAUGGGAAUAACCCGCGCGUGGCGGAGGGGGAGGCGCAUCGGCGGCUGAUGGAGCUGGUGUCGACAAGGGUGAUUGCGUUUGUGUAUGGGGGGGAUCCGAAUUUGGUGGACGAUCCCGACGUACCGGCUUGGCCAAAGUAUACGGUCGAAAACCCGUCCAACUUGGUUCUGAACGCCACCGCGGUCCCUGAUAAGUUGAAUGUCCAUGUCGAGCCCGACACUUGGCGUCAGGAAGGUAUGGCUUUGUGGGCCAAGUAUCCCCUUGAACUGGAUAUCUUCAUUGGUUGA